GCAGCUCAUAUCGGUGUCCUCAAUUUUACAAUCUGAUGUUUCAACUACAGCAGCUGUUGGGUACUAUGGAUAAUAUUACUGUGUCUAAAAUGUUGUUGAAAUGCUUUAUAUGGGUAUUCCUUGGUACUUUAUUUUUCCAAACUGUUGUCUCGGCUGAUACCUGCGUGCAGACACCAUGCGAUAAUGGUCAUUGUUGCGACAAAAGUGGAAGUUCAUCAGCCUCAGAGAAACCGUGUUGCUGCUCGCGACCGCCAGGCGGAGGCUUCUCCAUAACCUGCUCUAGCCAUACAUCAUUCAGAUUUGCAUGGUAUUGGAUUGUGCUGAUAAUUGGUGUGGUUGGAGUUAUCGUUGGUGUAGUGGCGUUCCUUAUCCACCGAAGGAGAAGAGGUGCCAGUGGUCCUUUAUAGUCAAUAAGAUUUCAGACUAGCAUAGUACUACCCACGGAUGUUCAAAACCUACUUCCCAAAACCUACACCAUUAAACUACACCAGGGGCCAUGAUUACGAACAGUCUCAAGGCUUAGUUUAGACUCAGACUCAGAAAAGCUUUUUUAUAAAGGAACAAAAAAUCAUAUUUAUUUCAUUACUUUUACAAAAAUGUAUGUUAAUAAAGGUAAAACAUUCAAAUAUGAAUAUCAGUAAAUUUUACCAUCAAUACUCUGAUAGAAGGAAAGUUACAAUGAAAUGAAGUUUUGCCAUAAUGAGUCUUGAGUCUGAACUCAGACUGGAGACUGUUCGUAAUCACUGCCCCAGGACUAUAACAACAUAACACACAAAACCUACCACAUACUUCUAAAAUACAUUAGGACGUCCCAGGACUUGCCCAGUCUUUCCACAAGACACACAACAUCUACCACAGACCACUAAAAACUUACCAAUGACUAUAUCAGACCUGAGCUCUUACGAACUACCCACAGAAUACACCCAUAACUACUAUAGAACAGGAUUACCACUAGACGUCAAGGACUACCUCCAACAACACCUGUCCUACAAACUUACCCAUUACAUACACACUGUUCCAGCAAUAACCCAAGAUUGCCACCCUCCCCACCCCUCAACUUACCCCAGGACAUCAAAGACUGCUCCAUUUCUACUCAAAGACGCCCUGAAUGCAAUAUCGAACCAUGCAAACACAUACCUAUUGACAAUUUAAAAAUGCAUCACCAACACUAAAAUUUGGUAUAUUUGAGCGCAUUAGCUACGUAAAGUUGUAUUCUGAUUCUUUUGCAACGGUUUGCUUCUUUGCAGGGUGAACGAGUAAACAUUGGCCAGACUACCGUAGCACAUGUAUUUGCAAAUCAUAUAAGUGUAUAUGUAAUUGUGUUUAUUUGAGAUUGCGGAUUAUGUAUAAAAUUAUUGUAUUAAACACAUUAAAAACUAACAAAAA